AUGGAGCCUCCUGAUCAUGAUUAAAUACCCAGAAAUCCAAAAAAAAGUACAGAAAGAAAUUGAAAAAGUUAUAGGCACAUCACAACCAAAGCUAGAGCACAGAAAGCACAUGCCCUACACUGACGCUGUUGUGUGUGAAGUGCAGCGCUUUGGUGAUAUUGCUCCAACUAACCUUCCACGUGAAACGACUUGUGAUAUCACAUUCAGAGGCUAUUCAAUUCCAAAGGGAACCACUAUUAUUCCAUUGCUGUCCUCUAUAUUGAGAGACAAAGCUUACUUUGCAAAGCCUGAUGAGUUUUAUCCAGAACAUUUUCUUGAUGCCGAUGGGAAGUUCAAAAGGAACGAUGCAUUCAUACCCUUCUCAGCAGGUAACUUCUCAACUGUUCCACAGGUAACAAAGCUUUAA